UAUAUCAUAUAUGCUUAGGUGUUGUAAAACGUUUUAGUGAUCAAGUCGUUUUUGGAAUAGUCUAUUGUAUGGACGAGUCUACAAUUUACUAUAUAUACCAAGGUUUUCACAGUUCACAUUGUUCUGGGUUUAGAAUUCAAGCCGAGCAGUUGGAUACAAGAGAAGAAGAAAGAUGGCUAACACAAAGAAGACACCACGGGAAAGAUGGAGGUGCCCUGUUUGCCAAGUACGGUUCCAAACAGAGAAGGAGUUGGAGGAUCAUGUUAUAGCCUGUGCAAAGAGAAGGUCUUCAGAAGAAGAGUACUUGUGUGAUCUGUGUCCUUACGCAACAAGCAGGAAGAGUGACUUCACAAGGCACCAGAGGAGGAGACAUGCAGCAUCCUUGUCAGCCAUAGAUGAUACCGAUAGUGAAUGGGAGAAACAAAACCCAGGCACACUAUCGGAUGUCCUUGGAGAGCCUACAAACAAGAAAGGCACAACAAGUAAAUCAGUGAUGGUUACAGGAUCGCUUAUCAAAGGCAGAGUAGUUAGGAAAAGCACGUCUCCUCUACCAGUGGCUACUUCUUCAAAGAAGAGAUUAUUAGAAACCCUUAAGAGUUCAUUAGGACCACAGCCAAUAGCCAAGAGAUUUACAUUGCCAAGGUUGCCAACCACAACCGCAACUGUAGUGGUACCUCCAGUCCCAAACUCGUUUCUGAUACCGAGAAUGAUGGAUACUGAUUCCGAUGACAGUUCCGUGUCAAACCCAUCACCACCGUUGUUCUCGUCCUCACCUAUGGACUUAAGAACUGUUACGACAACUACGACUGGAACCAUCCCAAGCCUUGUGCCAGCACAGGUUGUCAGGCCAGUAGUUAUUCCUGGAUUGAUGCUGGUUGAAAGAAGAGUGGUUAGAAGAUAUAAGAAAAACGGAAAAGAUGUGGAGGAAACUGAAAUCUGGAAAAGAUGAAGUGACAGGUGACAGAACUAAGCAUACAAAUACCAUAGCCAGGAAGGCUUGACUGAAUUAUUCAGUGAUCAGUCCGACGGGAUGCGUUUUCUGAUUGCUCUAUCGUGUGAUUUAUUUACAAGUGAGUGUUCGCGAAGAACAGACAAUACAGAUAUUUAGUUACUUGUUAAAGGAAAAAGAUUUCCAAGAAAUUAUGAAAACUUUUGUGUUUUAUUGUUUAUAUAUAAUGCCUUGUUUCUUUGAAUAUAUAACAAUGAUGUCCGUCGGAUGGGGACGUUAAAUCCGAGGCCCC